AUGUUCGAGAACCUCUGCGCUCUCCCCGUAGACCACGACAUCUUCGUGCAGGCCGUCCAUCCCAAGGAGCCGCUCGUCGCAGUAGGCCUGGCCAACGGCGAUGUCCACACGUACCGCCUGCCGUCUGGCGCAAGCGACGACGACGACGACGACGAUGGCGACGGCGACAACAACACGACGCUCGCCUCGGAGAAUGGCUUUGGCACCAUAGACCGCAUCUGGCGCACGAGGCGGCACAAGGGCAGCUGCCGCACGCUUGGCUACAGCGUCGACGGCGCCUCGCUGUUCUCUGCAGGCACCGACGGCAUCGUCAAGAUGGCCGAUGCCACGACGGGCCAGGUCGCCGCCAAGAUUGCCAUCCCGCUGGAUCCCUCCAACGGCGCCAUCGAUGCGCCGACGCUGGUCCAUGCCCUCUCGCCCCAGUCGCUCAUCCUCAGCACCGACUCGGGCGCGCUGCACAUCUACGACAUCAGAAAUCUCAGGGGCGGGGGAAAAGUGUCGCUGAAGCCAGAGAACACGCACCGCCCCCACGACGACUACGUCUCGUCCCUCACCCCGCUGCCGCCGACGCAAGCGAGUACCAGUGGCUUCAGCAAGCAAUGGGUCACCACCGGCGGCAGCACGCUGGCCGUCACCGACAUCCGCAGGGGAGUCAUGGUCCGUAGCGAGGACCAGGAGGAGGAGCUUCUCAGCUCGGCCAUUGUCACGGGCCUUCCCACAAAGGGCUCCAACGUGGGCGAGAAGGUCGUCGUUGGCGCCAGCAACGGCGUGCUCACGCUCUGGGAGCGCGGCGUCUGGGACGACCAGGACGAGCGCAUCAUCAUCGACCGCUCUAAGGGAGGCGGCGAGAGUCUCGACGCCAUCACCGUCGUGCCUGAUGGCCUUGGCCCCGGCGGCAAGAUUGUCGCCGUGGGCAUGGGCAACGGCAACAUUCGCUUCGCCAAGAUCGGACCCAACAAGAUUGUUGCUGAGCUCAAGCACGACGAGCUAUCCCACGAGAGCGUCAUCGGCCUUGAUUUCGACGUCACUGGCCGGAUGAUCAGCAGUGGCGGCAAGACGGUCAAGGUAUGGGGCGAGCAGACUUGGCAAGAUGUCGAUGAAGACGAUGACGAUGGCGAUGACGAUGAUGAAGAAGACGAAACUCCUGGCGGAAAGCGCCAGCACGACAGCGACGGUGCCGAUGAUAGUGACGAAGACAUGGACGACAGCAGCGACGAUGAACCCAAGCAAAAGCGAAAGAGGAGAAAGAGGAACAAGGGCCAGCAAGCAAAGGGCCAUGAGGACUGCAACUGCUUCUACUCUGCGCUGUCCAAGACAGAUGUCUUCGAAGCCGCUACGCUGGAAGGACCCAGCCAUGACAAAGGCCAUAUGGAUGACGUCGCCCUUGGCCACAUCCGCGAAUUUGUAGCUCAUAAACAAUCUCAGAGUCGUCAACGAACGGCACCCCACUCGUCCUCACAGCUCUACAGACCGCUCGGACAAGGCGAGAUACGUGUACUGGAACUGUGUGCUGGCGAAUUUGAAGCGCCGCUCCAUGCCAAUCUGCAUGCAGUCAGCAUCGACUUUUCACAUCCGCCAAGAGAACACAGGAGAACCUUUACAUGGACAAGGCAUACUAACCACGCUGUGUCCCUUGCUACAGGGAAUCCUGUCUGGUACACGGCGCUCAGCUAUUGCUGGGGCGCACCCGUGUUCGACCAGGCUAUCAGGAUCGACAAUGACUCCCUGCAAAUCUCGCAAAGCUUGGCAGGCGCUCUGCGCCACCUGCGCUUAGCAGAGAAAAGUGUAUUCGUGUGGACUGACCAGAUUUGUAUCAAUCAGCAAGAUCUGGCGGAGAAAGGACAGCAAAUCCCGCUCAUGGGCAUGAUCUACACGCAUGCUACCAACACGCUUAUAUGGCUUGGCGACGUUGAUGGGGAUGAUCCAGCACGUGCAUUCGAUUUAAUGGAGACUGUAUAUACCCGCUUGCAAGGAAUUGAUGCACAAGUCACAGCGGCCGACUUUGGCAGACUAGACUUCCCUCCUGCCCUAGACCAAGCGUGGUGGGCUGUCCGCCAACUACUGCGAAGACCAUGGUUUAGUAGACUGUGGACGAUACAGGAAGCAGUACUGUCGAGGAAUCUGUUCCUCAAGUGUGGUCCCGCCUCGGCUUGCUGGGACGACUUUGCAGCAUGGUGUGCCUGCUUGGAACAGACGGGCAUACUCGGCUGGCUUACCGGCAAUAUUGAUCUAGACCGCGAACUCCAUGAUGGACGACAGUCGACGCUUUUGCCACCCCAAGGAGCUUCGAUUGUCAAUUCGAUCCAGGCAGACCGUCUUCAGGGCCUGGCUCUCACCCAGAAAGAAUACCUCUUGAACAUCUUAGUGUCCACGCGGUAUGCGCAGGCAACAGAAGCCAAAGACAAAGUAUACGGUGUUCUGGGGAUAGCGGAGUCCACUAUCGUACCUGAUUAUUCCCCUUCGCUCUCAGCAAGAGACGUCUACCAUGAGGCGUGCCUAACGCAGAUACCCACAUUCCAGUACGAGCUUCUGAGUUGUGUUGACCACGAUCAACCACUACAGCCAUCAUGGGUUCCGGACUGGAGCCAGGCACGUAUGACCAACGCCCUGGGCUACUCAACAAAAGCUUGGGCCCUUUAUUGCGCUGGUGGCAGACCUGUCACCGGGAAAGAGCCGCCUAGGAUGACGCUGAGUUCGGACAAGAAGGCAAUCACCUUUACCGGCAAGGUUUUCGACUCGAUUGCUAGCUUGGGCGGCGUCUGCGAGAAUCCCGCGCUUGAUAUCGACGAUCCCAAGAGUGCCAACAUCGACCUGGCCUCGUACGUCGCCCUGGCCAUAAAAUCGAGGCAAUGGCAAAGAUAUCUUAUUGAGGGAACGUCAGUGUAUGAAGCCUUUUUCUGGACCCUGCUGGCUGGUCGAGACGGAUCCAGCAUUUCGGCACCUACGCAGGAGCACAGCGAAGCUUUCGGCUUGAUCUUGGACUCGACCACGGGCCAAACUCCUUCGCUGCCUGGCCAGGCUAUGAGCGCGCGGCGGCAGAAGGGCCACUUUACACUUGACAAUCUCAAGACUCGGAAGCCAGCCAAGACCCUAGAAGACCUGCAAACGGCGCUCCGGGCCGCACUCAAGAUGCGUCGUUUCGCUGUGACCAAACAGGGUUAUUUCGCAUUAGUUCCAAGGGGUGCGCGAAUCGGCGAUGAGAUUGCAGUCUUUGAUAGAGCAUGUGUGCCUUUUGUAAUACGCCGGACGAACCAUGAUUCAGUGCAGCGUGCAUUUGAGCUGCUAGGUGAGGCGUACGUCCACGGUGUGAUGAAGGGAGAAGUCAUAGACAUGGCCAAUGUUGAGUUUGAAGACAUUACGCUGAUUUGA